UUCUUUAUAAUAAUCCAUUUCUACUUCUAGCUCCAUUUAAGUUAGAAGAGUUAUCCUUUGAACCGUACAUAACCGUACUGCAUGAGUUUAUGUACAACUCUGAGAUGGAACAUUUCAAGGAUUAUGCUUCAGAUCUGCUUGCUCGAAGUACUCACGGAUCUACUGAGGGGAACUCUGGCAGCUCCUAUUUAAGAACUAGUAAACAAACCUGGUUGGAUCACAGAGAAUUCAGUCCUAACAUCACACUGGUUCAUAAUAAGAUUGGAGGUUCGAGUUUGAAUGAAAGUGCUAGAAUAUUGGAGACUGACUGGAGCUGGGGAUCAUACUUUUCAACCAGGGAUGUGUUCAACGCAACAGAUAAAGUCGCUGCAAGAGUUUCUGACCGGAUGGAACUGGUUGGAAAAUUCAAACUUUUAAAAUAUUGGUCAGCAGAGAAAUUUCAGAUUGCAAACUAUGGUCUGGGUGGGCAGUAUGGCCAACAUUUGGAUGCGCACGGAUACUGGAACGGAGUCACAAAAUCUGAUUUUCUUGAAAAGACAGGUGAUCGUAUAGCUACCAUAAUGGUCUACCUUGCAGACGUUGAGGCUGGCGGCGCCACGUGUUUCCCAAACACUGGAAACCGGAUUACAGUGAAGAAAGGAGACGCGGCAUUUUGGUUGAACAUGUACACAAGUGGACUUCAGGACCAAUUUACAAAUCAUGGUGGUUGCCCUGUAUUAGUUGGGAGUAAAUGGAUAACUAAUAAAUGGGUUGGAUACUUAGAUCAAUUCAGAGAGUAUCCGUGUAGCGUGAAGGGAUGGAAUGAAAGAUUUCACAAGUUUGAAUCAUAUUAUUAAUAGAUUUAAAUAAACUGCUCGUUAUCUGUAUUAAAAUAAGAACAUAAACAAAUAUAUCUUUUUAAAGAUG